AUGACAUUCGGCGCGCCGUCGCACCGCAUCGAGAGCCAGCUGCUCUCCGCAGCGCGCAUCCUCGAGAUCGACGCCGAGUUCAUCCACAUCCCGGGCGUGAUCAUGUGUUCUUUCGGCGACCAGGAGACCAAGACGUCUGAGCUACACUUCGUCAAGUGCGCAGGGCGCCUUUCACUAGGCAGCCUGCAUGAGGUGCAUCAGAUCUACCGCACCGUCGUGCACGACGAGAUCAGCGCAAAGAAUGCUGCCGCCCAGCUCGAUGCGUUGCUACACGCGAAGCCGGUGUAUAGCGCGUUGUUCCGUACGAUCCUCGCGUUCUUGCUCUCCCUGCUCAUCUGCCCACUUGCGUUCGGCGGUUCAUUCGUCGACAUGUGGAUUGCGGGUGUGGGGGCCGUGUUCCUGUCGACAAUGCAGGUCCGGGUUGCGUCGAAGUCAGUCUUGUAUGCCAAUGUCUACGAAAUCACCGUCACAACCUGCGUUUCAUUCGUCGCUCGAGGUCUGAGCAGUAUCCGCUCGCAGGUUUUCUGCUACACCGCAAUCUCUUCCUCUAGUAUCAUCGGUAUUCUGCCGGGAUAUCUUAUUUUGAGCAGCUCUUUGGAACUCGCUUCGAAGAACAUCGUGUGCGGUAGUGUCAAGAUGGUGUACGCGUUGAUCUACACUCUAUUCCUGGGUUUCGGUCUUCAGAUCGGCUCAGACCUAUACCUGCUGUUCGACCGAAGCGCACGCCACGAGCUUGCCUCGCUCGCCGCGCGCAUGACAUCGUCAUACAUCAUCGAUGGGUGCUACCGCCCGCCAGAGUUCCCAUGGUACCUCCAGCCGUUCCCGUGGUGGACGCAGUUCAUCAUCGUCCCGAUUUUCUCCAUACUGUCCUCGCUCGCGAACCUGCAGCCGAUAUGGACGUUGGAGCUCAUCGUGAUGGUCGUCAUCUCGUGUAUUGCGUACGCGGCGAACAAAGUCGCGAACCACUUCAUCUUCAAUCGCUCCGACGUCGUGUCCGCCAUCGGCGCGUUUGCGGUGGGCUUGCUUGGAAAUCUAUAUUCGCGGAAGUUUGGCGGCACAGCGUUUACGGCUAUGGUCACCGGCGUCUUGUUCUUGGUGCCGUCUGGCUUGUCGCAAGCAGGUGGAAUUACCGCACAAGGCGAUGGCAUAGAUAUUGGUGGUGCCAUGAUUGCAGUUGCCAUUGGUAUCACGGUCGGGCUAUUCAUGAGUCAGGCCAUUGUCUACAUGUUCGGCUCGCGGAAGAACGCCGCCGUCUUCUCGUUCUGA